AUGGUCGGCGCCCACGCGGAUGAUCACUGGGAUGCAAGCGCCGGCGGGACUUCUGAUGCGGUGCUUGAAACGAUUGAUGACGCCGCCGUUUGGAUCCGUCAGCGGCUCAAGUCCGGCGGCGGCAGCCCCAGAGUGCUCCCAGUUCUUUGUAUCGAUACCGACGGCGCGAUCUGCACUUGGACCAAACCAGAAGAGAGCAGCGCGGAGAUGAUCUCUGCAGCAAUUGAUCAGAUGGAGAUGGGGAGCGACGACGAGCUUGAAGGUGGAUACCAAUCAUCGAUCGGCGAGCGUUUUCCCAAUCUCCCACUUGAGGUCAACUACGAAUCGCUCAGCGAUGAGAAGACUUCUGAUGGAUCACGCAAAGCCGUGGUCGCGACUCCUGAUGUUCCCGCUCGAUUGCUGAUCGACCAGCUUGACUCGAUGGGAACACGCAUUGGCCGCGUCGAGAAUAUCUGGUCGCUCAUCGCUCGAUGCUGGGAUCCUGGAUCGCCGCACAGAUCGUCUGUUCGAGAUUCACAGCGCGUUAUCUCCGAGGAAACACCGGUCGCCGCGAGUGUCGUAGUCGAUCCGAAUCGAGCACGCUUGCUCUGGACUUGGUCCAAGGACGGCGAGCUGCUCGCGGCGGGAUCCAUGCGGAUCGGUCACAACGCGGAUGGACUGACUCUUCAACAGUCCGAUCUCUCAAGACUCUGUGCCGACUGGAUCGGUUGGGCAUCACAGAUCGGCGUCGCGCCGCUUCGAGUGGUCGUUGUCCUACCUGACGAGCAAGACGGAUUGGAUCGAUCAGAGAUCUCCGGCGCGUUCUCGAAGCAUUGGCCCGGCGCAACGAUGGAUCUGGUCCACGAAGCGGACCCCAUCCUCACGACUUUGCGUACUUCAUUGGAUCUCGAUGACCACAGCGAGAGCAGUGUUGGGACUGUGCUCACCAAUCGUCCUGGACGCUCGCACCGCUCGAUGUACCGUUGGGCGGCUGCGGCUCUGCUCGUCGCGAGUGUCGCGAUCGGAUGGACCGGAUGGACGAUGUACAGCCGAGGAUCGGAAACACAGGAUCGCGCCAAAUCGGUCCGCUCGACGAUGGUUGAGCAGAUUAUGACACUGCAACCUCCGAUCAGCAAUAUUGCUUUGCCCGACCCCGAACUUCAAUACAGACUUAACAGAUUGGUUGCCAAAGCCGGACCAGUGCAGAUCGCGCCGACCAAACCUGUUCUUGAAGAGCUGGAAACCAUCUCCUUUGUCCUCGGCAUGUCCGGCAUCGAGAUCGACAACCUCCAGAUUUCGCAAACACUCGUCAAGGUUAAGAUCCGCACAGAGAACCUGUCGCUCGCGGAACAGAUCAAUGAAGCGCUCCGCUCAAUCGAUGGCUCGCACAUCCAGCGUCUGGAACACAGGGAGUUCAUCAUGAGCACGCUCACGAGUGAAUCCCGACUCAGCGCUGAUGAUCGCUUCGAGCUCGCUUCACGCGCCGAGAUGCAUGAGCGCCAGACGCGUCCGACGCAUUAUGUGGUGUUUGGACUGCUGAUCUUCUUCGCGUCGCUGAUCUUCCUUAUGUACUCAUGGAACCACAACAGCUCCUCGGAAAAAAGACUUCGCAAUAGCCAGGUCGCGGCGAUCAAUGUUGAUCGGAUGAUCACACAGAUCAACGAGCUUGAGCAGGCGCAAGCCGAGAGUCCGAUCGAUGAACGGCUCGCACCGAUCCCCGAUAUUCUCACACGAUUCUCUCGAAUCGGAGACCAGCUUGGUCUCACGAUCGAUCUCCCACGCAACACGCCUCCGAGAACAGAAGGCGGCGCUCGACUGCAUAGUUACCAAUACAGCGUGCGUGAUUCAUCACUGGAGAAGAUCCUCCAGUGGAUCCAGCGCUCGCAAGACCAGAUCCCUGGACUCGAAGUCCGCGAGAUCACCAUCAAUCUCAACGCGAAGGUCUGGCUUGUCAAAGUCACCCUGACGCGAUAUGAACGUGAUCCGGUCGAAGCGUACAAGCAACGCUCACGCGCCGAAGCGAUGGAACUCUUCCGUCAAGCAUCCGAGCUCCACGAAGCGGGUAAGUUCGAACAAGCGCUCAAAAAGUACCACGAGUCGAUUGAGAAGGAUAACACCAUCUUCGCGGCGUGGAACAACAUGGGCCAGUUGCUCAUGGCACAGAAAAACUACGCAGACGCUGUCGCGGCGUACAAGAUCGCUUCAGACCUCCAACUCAACGAUCCGCGUCCCGACUACAACAUCGGACUCGCGUACCAGAAGAUCGGAUGGGGAGACGAGUCCUACACCCACUUCCAGCGUUCGCUCGAUCGCGACCCCAAUUACCUCCCAUCACUCCGCGGAAUCGUCCGCACGGCAGAGAUGAUCGGGAUCGGCGAUCAGAGUGUGCUCAACCACAUCCGCAACGGACAGCUUCGCGAAAGCGACGCACAAUGGCGCGAGUACUUCGAUCGUCAGCGCUUCCGCGUCGAGAAGGUCAUCGACGAGAGCACCUGA